AUGCUGGACAACGCCGGCACCGACGACUGCAUCCGCAACUUCGACGCGGGCAACGCCGGGAACCGCACCAAGACCGGGACCCGCACCAAGGCCCUCGUCGACUAUCUGCUCUCGUCGCCGCCGGGGACCACCAUCCUGCUGUCGACCUGUCCUCACUGCCUUGGCGACGGCGACCCGGAAUAUGUUGCCAAGUUCUAG